AUGAUGACAAAAUUCUACCAGCACAUACUUGCCUUGGCAUUUGCUGUGAAAGAGAUUAAUGAAAACGCCAAGAUCUUACCCAAUAUCACACUGGGCUUCCACAUCCAUGACAGCUAUCAUGAUGCAAGGAUGACAUACCGAAGCACUAUUGACCUGCUCUUCAAAUCACACCGAUUUGUCCCCAACUAUAAAUGUGACACCCAGAAAAACCUCAUAGCCAUCAUCGGGGGAAUUAGCUAUGAUACCUCCUUUCAUAUGAGAGACAUCAUAGGUCUUUAUAAGAUUCCACAGUUGCACCGUUUUCUUCAUGAAAUUUCAUUCAACAACUCAGCUGGAGAAACAAUGUUCUUUACUAAUAAGAGAGAAAUGGGAGGUGGAUUUGACAUCAUGAACAUGGUCACCUUCCCAAACAAGUCUUUCCUUCGAGUGAAGGUUGGAUGGGUAGAUCCCAAUGCUCUCAACAGAAAAGAAUUCACCAUUCAUGAGGACCUGAUUAUAUGGAACAAAGCUUUUAACCAGAUGACACCCAUUUCUGUGUGUAAUGACUACUGCCGGCCUGGUAAUCAGAAGAACAGGAAGGAAGGGCAGAAGUUUUGCUGCUACGAUUGUAUGCUAUGUCCAGAAGGGAAGAUGUCAAACCAGAAUGAUAUGGAUGACUGCAUCAGAUGCCCAGCAGAUCAGUAUCCAAACCAGAAGAAAAAUGGGUGCAUCCCAAAAAGAAUAAGCUUUCUUUCUUAUGAUGAAUCUUUUGGGAUCAGCUUGGCCUCCCUUGCUCUUUCUUUUUCCCUGAUCACAACUUUGGUGAUAGGAACUUUUAUUAAAUACAAAGAAACUCCCAUUGUCAAAGCCAACAACCUCGAUCUCACUUACAUUCUCCUCAUUGCCCUCCUGCUCUGCUUCCUCUCAUCAUUUCUGUUCAUCGGACACCCUGGGAAAGUGACCUGCCUUCUUCGUCAACCAACGUUUGGCAUCGUCUUCUCACUGGCUGUUUCAUGUGUGUUGGCAAAGACUGUGACUGUAGUUGUAGCGUUCAUGGCCACUAAGCCAGGGUCCAGCAUGAGGAAGUGGGUAGGAAAACGGCUGGCCUAUGCCAUUGUCCUUUCCUGCUCUCUUACUCAAGCAAGUAUUUGUACUGUGUGGUUGAUGACUUCUCCCCCGUUCCCCCAACUAGACAUGGACUCAGUAGCAGAAGAAAUCAUUGUUCAAUGUAAUGAAGGCUCAGUGACCCUGUUUUACUGUGUCCUGGGCUACAUGGGCCUCCUGGCCAUUGCCAGCUUUAUUGUGGCAUUUGCAGCUCGCAAAUUGCCAGACAGUUUUAAUGAAGCCAAAUUCAUUACUUUCAGUAUGUUGCUGUUUUGCAGUGUUUGGCUGUCCUUUGUCCCAACCUACCUGAGCACCAAAGGGAAAUCCAUGGUGGUGGUGGAGAUCUUCUCCAUCUUGUCUUCAAGUGCUGGAUUGUUGGGCUGCAUCUUUUUCCCUAAAUGUUACAUCAUUUUCCUGAGGCCUGAGCUGAACAAUAGGGAUCAAAUAAUGAAAAAGAGCUGA